UUACUUCAUUCUGCAACUUUCCAUUUUUGCCAUAUUUGGCUGUCUCAGAAACAAUAAUAUUGAGCAUGAAAAACCUCCCCCUCCUCUUCCUUGCUAUCCUCACCUUCAGUUGCCUGAACCCCGUUUCCGCAGCCUGCCACGUCGACGACGAAGCGGGUCUGCUUGCCUUCAAAUCGGCCAUCACAGCCGACCCAUCUAACAAGCUAAGCUCAUGGAUAAAGGGUACAGACUGCUGCACAUGGGCGGGUACAAACUGCCUCAACAACCGGGUCACCAGCCUCUCCCUCUCGGGUCAACCCGACAAGCCCAGUACUUACUUAUCCGGUCAAAUCUCGCCCUCCCUCUCCAAACUCAAAUUCUUGAACGGCAUCUAUCUCCAAAACCUUAACCUCUCGGGUCCCUUCCCGGAUCUCCUAUUCGGACUACCCGACCUCAAAUACGUCUACAUUGAACACAACAAGCUCUCGGGUCGAAUACCCAACACUAUCGGCAACUUAACCCAACUCGAAGCACUCAGCUUUUACUACAACCGGUUCACCGGUCCAAUUCCGAGUUCAAUCUCCAAGCUGACCCGGCUCACCCAGCUCAACCUUGGCGGCAACAUCUUAACCGGUUCGAUCCCAUCCGGCAUUCAAAACCUCAAGAACCUCACCCUCUUCAACCUCGAGCAAAACGGGUUGUCGGGUCCCAUCCCCGAUUUCUUCACAUCGUUUCCGGAGCUCCGAGUCCUCAGACUCUCCGGCAACUACUUUACCGGGAAAAUCCCAGCUUCAAUUUCCGCUUUGGCGCCAAAACUGGCCUACCUGGAGCUCGGCCACAACGCCCUGACCGGCCAAAUCCCUGAUUUUCUCGGCAAUUUCAAGGCCCUCGACACCCUCAACCUCUCUAGCAACAAAUUAUCCGGCGUCGUGCCUCAGAAGUUCGCGAAUCUGACCAAGAUCUUCAACCUCGAUCUUUCUCGUAAUUACCUCACCGACCCGUUUCCGGAACUGAACGUGAGAGGCAUCGAGUCCCUGGAUUUGUCGUACAACAGCUUCCAUCUGAAGCAAAUUCCAAAAUGGGUGACGUCGUCGCCGAUCAUCUACUCUCUGAAGCUCGCAAAGUGUGGGAUCAAGUUGAAAUUGGACGACUGGAAGCCGGCGGAGACGUAUUUCUACGAUUACAUCGAUUUAUCAGAGAACGAGAUUUCGGGGAGUCCAGUCGGGCUGCUGAACAGGACCGAUUUCUUGGUGGGGUUUUGGGCUUCUGGGAAUAAGUUGAAGUUUGAUUUGGAGAAGUUGAGGAUUGUGAAGACGUUGAAGUAUUUGGACUUGUCGAGGAAUUUGGUUUUCGGGAAGGUGCCGAGUGGAGUUUCAGGGCUGGAGAGACUGAACGUCAGCCACAAUCAUCUUUGCGGACCGCUUCCGGCCACCAAGUUUGGUGCUUCGGCGUUUCUGGGGAAUGAUUGUCUCUGUGGUGCUCCACUAGAUCUCUGCAAGUAAUGAGGCAAAACCCUAGCAAUAAGGUUUCGGUGGGAAAUAAUGCCACGUGACUGAUGGCUUAGUUUUCGUGAGGACAAUAAAAAGGAAAAUGAAUUAUGAAAUGGAUUUACAGUGGUGUGUUAAUAAUAAUAUGUCGUAUCGUAUGUAAGGUUUUUUCUUCACGUAAUAUAUUGAUAUUAUUAGACUCCAACGUUACAUAUAAUCAACUCGUUUUGUACAAGUUGCUUCAAGAAAAUUAUAGAAAGUGUAAUUUUGUUA